AUGGCCUCCAGGUGUCCAGGUGAGAGGAAGAGCCGCACGUCUCUCACUUUAAAUCAGAAGCUGGAGAUGAUCAGGCUCAGCGAGGAAGGCUUGUCCAAGGCCGAGAUAGGCCGGAAGCUCGGGCUCCUGCGCCAGACGGUGAGCCAGGUGGUGAACGCCAAGGAGAAGUUCCUGCGGGAGGUGCGGAGCGCCACCCCGCUCAGCACCCGCAUCAUCCGGAAGCGCAACAGCCUCAUUGCCGACAUGGAGAAGGCCCUGGUGGUCUGGAUAGAAGACCAGGCCAGCCACGACAUCCCCUUAAGCCAGAGCCUGAUCCAGAGCAAGGCCCUCACGCUCUUCAAUUCCAUGAAGGCCCAGCGAGGGGCGGGCGCCGCCGAGGAGAAGUUCGAGGCCAGCAGAGGCUGGUUCAAGAGGUUUAAGGAGAGGAGCCGGUUCCCCGACAGAAAAGCUGCGGGCCGAGCCGCCAGGGUCCUAACGGACGAGGAGCUGCUGCUCGUGGACGAACGGAGAAAGUGGCUCCUUGAGGUGGAAGCCGCGCCCGGGGAAGACACGGUGAAGGUCGUUGAGAUGACCACAGAGGAUCUGGAAUAUUACGUAAACUUAGUGGACCAGGCGGCGGCAGGGUUUGAGAGGAUUGACUCCAAUUUCGAAAGAAGUUCCGCUGUGGGGAAAAUGCUGUCCAGCAGCAUCGCGUGCUACAGAGAGAUCCUUCGCGAAAGGAAGAGCCGAUCCAAGCAGCAAGCCUCACUGUUCACUCGUUUUAAGACAUUGCUACGACCGCCCCAGACUUUGGCAGCCACCACCCUGCUUAGUCAGCAGCCAUCAACUUCCAGGCAGGACCCUCCGCCUGCAAAAAGGUUAAGACUCGCUGCAGGGUCCGAUGAUGGUUAG